CUGCGCCACUGCUCCUCACUUUUGUGUAUAUGCUCAGCGCUCUUUUCUUUUGUACUGUAUAUGUGCUUAAUUAAUUAUUUGUUAUUAUUAUUAUUAUUUUAAUUCUGUUUAAGGAGUUUUCACUGAGAUAUCUAAACAAAAGAAGAGACUGUACUGCAAAUAAAGUUGAUGAGGAGAGAAGCUGACAGCUGCACUCUCAUAGAAGCAGAUAUAUCUCUCAUCCUGGACCAGCAACUUCCAAAACAUGAAAUCUGCUUGACAUGCCACUGAAGAUGGAGUUUAAAGAGGAGUUUAAAGAGGAGAGUGAAGACAUCAGUAUUUCAGAAACAUUCAGACUGAAGAAUGAAGAUAUUGAGGAACAAAGAGACCUGAUGAUGCUGAAAUUGGAAACUGAAGAACUGAAUGAAGAGGAGAAACCUCAGAAUCCGAAACCUGAUAAAUUUGUUACUGGAGUAAAAUCUUUUAGUUGCACAAAGACUGAAAAGAAAUCCUCACAAAAUAGAACUCCAACAAAAGCAGGAAAUUCUUUCUGCUGCCCUGAGUGUGGAAAGAGUUUCACACAUAAAGGAAACUUUAAUAAGCACUUAAGAAUUCACUCUGGAGAGAAACCUUUCACAUGUCAGCAGUGUGGAAAGAGUUUCUUAGUAAAAGAAACCCUUGAAAUGCACACGAGAAUUCACUGUGGGGAAAAGCCUUACUCGUGCCUUCAGUGCGGAAAGAGUUUCACACAAAAAGGAAGGCUUGAGGAACACAUGAGAAUUCACACUGGAGAGAAGCCUUACUCAUGCCUUCAGUGUGGAAAUAGUUUCAUACAUGAAAGAAGCCUGAAAACACACAUACGAAUUCACAGUGGAGAGAAGCCUUACUCAUGUCCUCAGUGUGGAAAAAGUUUCUUGGUAAAAGGAACCCUUAAAAGGCACAUGAGAAUUCACACUGGAGAAAAACCUUUUGCAUGUCUUCAGUGUGGAAAGAAUCUUUCAGAUAAAGCAAGCCUUAAGGAUCACAUGAGAAUUCACACUGGUGAGAAGCCAUUUUCAUGUCUUCAGUGUGGGAAGAGUUUCACAAGUAAAAAAAUGCUUAAAUCUCACAUGAAAUCUCAUUCAGGAGAGAAAUUACACCACUGUUCUCAGUGUGGCAAGAGUUUUGUUCGGGCAAGAUAUCUCACUGUUCAUCAGCGCUAUCAUUCUGGAGAAAGGCCGUUUAACUGUGAUCAGUGUGGUCAAAAAUUUGUCUGUUCAUCGCACCUAAAAACACACUUGAAAAUUCAUGGUAAUGAGAAGCCUUACUUGUGUUCUCUUUGCGGAAAGAGUUUUUCACUGCUGUCUUAUUUUAAAAAACACCAAUUAAUACAUACUGGUGUGAAAGCUCAUGUGUGCUCCGAGUGUGGUGAAGGCUUUGUCCAAAUCAGCUCCUUGAAACGGCACCAAAGAGUUCAUACAGGAGAAAAACCUUACAAGUGUUCACACUGUGAAAAGAGUUUUGCUGAUCCAACAUACAUAAAAAAACAUGAGAGAGUGCAUACUGGGCAGAAAGUUAGUACUGGAGGGAAGACAUGACUGCUCUCAAUGUGCAAAGAGUUUCCGCUCAUCAUGUACUCUAUGGAGAGAAUUCCCAGGAAUGGAAGUGACACCAUUUUGUUAAAAGAGCCAAUCUCCUUAUUGAUAAACACCACCUGUCUGUUUACUUGAGCAUGCACAUUAGCUGGACCAGCCUGAAAAGUAGUUUUGUGUGAUUUUUAGCUAAAAAGCACAAUUGUUAUCAGAUUUUAUUUAUGAUUUCAAAUUGAAGUUGUACUUGCAUGCAUAGAAAAUCGCUGCCUGAAGGUGUUUAAAGAGAGUUGCUUUAAAGGGGCUUGGCUAGAUUAAAUUCCUUUAAUCUGGUGUGGUUGUGUGACCGUACGCCUAGGAGGAUGUUAUCGAAUAUCGACUAUGUCUUUCAAAUAUCCCAAUGUACAUUUCGACACUCAUUGACAGACGAUGAUCAACAAUAUCGGUAAAUGGCAAGACUAUGGAUCUGAUAAGUUGAUAGAUAUAUUAAGCAUUCAGCCAGUGUGUGAAAUUUGUGAUGAGGCUGAAUCCAGCUCCUUAUUCACAAUCUCCUCGUUUAAAUAUGGGUAUUUCAUUUGGGGUAAUUUUGCAACAGCGGUGGCCGACCUGGAAGGCGUCUCGGAAAUGCUGUUAAACACAAAGACACAUGCUUGGAAAAAAAACAUACUUAUACUUUUAAUAAUAGACAAAAAAAAAGCUGUCAAUGCCCGUGUCUGAUUCGCUGUUUGUUCAGAGGUGUGCAGCUGGAGUGUCUCUUGGAUCAUGAGCAUGUAACGGGUUAUCACUCUUUCUGUUCGGUUUCAGUCAUCUGAAACAUUUUUGUAAAAUUGCCUCCAACCAUCUCAGGAGGUGCUUCAAGUUUAGUUUGCUUUUUGUUUUAUAGUAGUUUGCACUUUUAUUGUGAAUGCAACUCUUCAGGUUUGCUCAAAUAUAUCUUUUUAAUAAAGAAACAAAGACAAAAGUGAUUAAAUCCUAAAAUAAUACAAGACCGCAUUCAGCUUGAACCUAAAAGUGAGUUUUAUUUUCUUAUGGCAGCAUUAACUGUAUUAACGAAAUGCAAUACAAACACAAAUUCAUUAAGAACACUCAUUUGGCAGCAUCAUUUUGGUAACUCAAGAAAAUGUAUUAGGCUUACACCUAAUAUAAAAACUGGAGUUCCCCUUCUGUCACUCACUCGACAUUCUGUCGAAUAUAGUGACACAAGGGGCUUUUUCGAGAGCCUCGGAUACCUCUGAAUAUGAGAAAAGGCCAAUGCCAAAUGUAUUCAUUGAAUUUGCAUGUCCCGCCCCCGGACAUACGGUUAUAAAAGGUGGGGAUCGUACGUCUGUUCAGUCAGAUUCUUUCUUCGGAGCCGAGAGGUUGUGUGAUCAGCAAGUUGAAAAACUCACUACUGUUCCACUCACAUCUCGGUCUAUUCGGCGACACCGUGGAAGACUUUGCCCAGCAGUUUUCAUUGGUGAAAAAGCAGACGAAGGCCAUUCAACACAUCAUGCCUCGGCGCAGUACUACCAUCCAGAGCAUGUGAGCGAAGCGGAGCGGUGUGACGCUCAGCUCAAUAUUCCGCUCUAUGCGCGUGCGCUCCACUCAGUCGCUCGCGUCCCAAGCGAACGCUCCACUGAUGAAUCGCCCACGCUCACCGGUAAAACAAAUCCCACUCAGAUCCUGCUCAGACAUAAAAUGUCUCUGUAGGCUACUUGCUUUCUGUUUGUACUUUGUAAUGAAUAUCUGGAAUACAUGUAUAUAUUACAGUAGCUAGGAUUGUAAAUAGAAGUUAUUUCGGGGUGAUUCUGAAUAAAAGUCUGUUCUUUUUAUUCAUUUAAAUGCAUUCAAUUAACUUAAUUAAAAAACAUGUCUAGCACUUUGGCAAACUUGCCUAUUAAAUGCAAUAACUGAAAAGGUAUAUUUGACACACAUAAACAAGAUGAAAUGCAUGUAGAACUUCACAAAACACAUCUGGACUAUAAUGCUCAAAGCACACACAGGUGAAAUGCACUUAACAACAUCUUAUCAAAGCGCACCUGGAUGAUUUACUGGCAUUAGUAAAAGAAACGCGCGUUCUAAAGUUUAUCUAUUAAUUUAUUUUCGAAUGGUAUAGGCUAUAGCUCACCUUUUGCUGCACUACCAUGUUUGCGUAGCACAUCCUUGUGCUUUCUGGCAAUGUGACGCUUUAGAUUCCAAUAUGAAUCUUUGCUAACUCUCACAGUCUCUCCACACUCCCUUUCAAUUUCUCCUCCCUGCUCGUUCUUAACUGUGAUUUUUACUGUGCAUUUAUGCAUAAGGCUCGCAACUUCCUUAAAACAAUAUUUGAACUCCAUAACCAACCCACUAUUGCUUUAGCUAAUUCACCGAUUCUCGAACUAGCAAAUCACAAUAGGGCAUUCCGGGUAGAGCGAGCGGACGGAGCGAGCGGAGCGGAAUCUUCAGAAAGGCGUCCUCAGGUGGAAUCUACUCCGUCCUCAGGUGGAAGUAUUGCCGCUACGCUCACGCUCCGCUACGCUCACAUGCAAGCCCCGUCUGCUUACCGAGGGCAUCCCCGUGCAGCAACAAGGAACCAACAGGUAGCUCCGCCUUAACCAGGGCCCAGCUCUCAGCCCCAGCGUAGAUCAUCAGCCUUAUCGUUGCUGUGUCCGGUACGUGCUUUGCGUACCUAUUUGGACCGCUCACAGAGCUUUAAACUCUAGGAGCAGCUCUUUUUUUGCUUUGGCGGACAGCGGAAAGGAACACUGUCUCCAAACAGAGACUUGCCCACUGGGUAGUUGACACAUCACAUUGGCCUAUGGGACCCAGGCCAUGCUUGCCCCCUUGCAGGUUCAAGCACACUCUACAAGGUGUGUGGCUUCCUUGUGGGCACUGGCCAAUGGCACCUCCUUAGCAGACAUCUGCAGAGCAGCGGGCUGGGGAACACCCAAUACCUUUGCAAGAUUCUACAAUCUCCGUGUUGAGUCGGUUUCAUCCCGUGUUUUGUCAGGUCUGAGCAUGUAGAACUCUGUAACAUGGGACAACUGACCGGGUAUACCGAUUGCGCUAGUGCCUUUCCCCUCCACUGAGGUGAACACAUGCACUUUUACUCCCAGGUGAGCCCACAAACUCGCGCUACCUGGAUGUUCUUCCUCCCCAACUCUCUAGCUCGCGAAUUCAGCGGAGGAAUUCCCGUCCAGAAACACUAUAGGUACUAAUUACUCUGUACUGGAAUAGAUACUCCAUAGGUGCUGGUUAUCACGGUAACCCCCUGUGAUGUAUUUUCCGCGGCCGUUGUGAUUGUCCCUCAUUAGGCAGAGCCUGCCACCGCGCCACUUCCAUUUGUGGCGUAACAGGCCCAUGUGACGUAUUUGCCACAUAUUCGCCUCCCCAGCCUGGGCAGGAUGUGGUCUCCGUUAGGUCUUUUCCCCCUGAAAGAAUAGGACUGGAAAAGAACACCUUCCCCGAUGCGUGCCCCAGCCGCAUCUAACACUUUGAGGAGAAACAUAGAGAGAGAAGAGGCUGCGGCUGGAGCGGCCUGCUCCCAUGCUUGUCACGUUGCUUGUUCCCACCCUUCAAGGGAAAAUCUUGGUCGGACGCCGGGAACCUAGUAAAAUAUGACGUCUUAGUGGGGCGUUGGGAGAGGUUAUGUGCAGUCUGCUGCAUGCUUGCACCAGCAUCGACUGAUCACGUAACACGGUUCCGUGUAAGUUGCAUUAUUUAAUGGGACCCCUUGUGUCACUACAAUCGACACAAAGUCGAGUGAGUGACAGAAGGGGAAUGUCUAGUUUACUAGUGUAACCUCUGUUCCCUAAUGGAGGGAACGAGACAUUGUGUUCCCCUUGCCACUGUAAUGGUCGAACCUUAUUCUUGGCUCCUCAGUGCAGAACCUGACUGAACAGAUGCACGAUCCCUGCCUUUUAUACCCGUAUGUCCGGGGGCGGGACAUGCAAAUACUGUUUGCCAAUUUGGCAUUGGCCUUAUCUCAUAUUCAGAUGUAUCUGAGGCUCUCGAAAGAAGCCCCUUGUGUCACUACAAUUGACACGACAUCUCAUUCCCUCCAUCAGGGAACGGGGUUACAGUAGUAACCUAGACGUUUUCUAUUCCUUUAAGAACAGACUAAGUGAAGUAACAAACUUUUUAAAGUAGAAAUUAUGUGUGUUCUAUUGAACUUUCUAGAGGAAAUGGUUUAUUUAAAAAACAAUAUAUAUAUUAUCUUUACAAUUGUCAUUAGUUCUUCAUUUUUAGGCUAUUAGUAAUUUCCCACCUGUUGUCGUAGACGAAUACUUGCAUGAUUGCAUAUGAGGCUCUUGGAGAAUAGUAAGUGUUUGGAUUUUGUAAGGUGGAUAUUUCAGAUUUUUUUUUUAAAGCGCAAGUUGAAUUAGAAAUAAACUUUAGCAAAAAAAAGAAACUCCCUCUCACCCUCAACUGCUUUUAUUUUCAGCAAACUUAACAUGUGUAAAUAUUUGUAUGAACAAAAGGUUCAAGAACCAAGACAUAAACUGAACAAGUUUCACAGAUAUGUGACUAACAGAAAUGGAAUAAUGUGGCCCUGAACAAAGGGGGUCAAAAUCAAAAGUAACUGUCAGUAUCUGGUGUGGUCACCAGCUGCAUUAAGUACUUCAGUGCAUCUCCUCCUCAUGGACUGCACCAGAUUUGCCAGUUCUUGCUGUGAGAUGUUACCCCACUCUUCCACCAAGGCACUUGCAAGUACCCAGACAUUUCUGUGGGGAAUGGCCCUAGCCCUCACCCUCCAAUACAACAGGUCCCAGACGUGCUCAAUGAGAUUGAUAUCCGGGCUCUUCGCUGGCCUUUGCAGAACACUGACAUUACUGUUUUGCAGGGAAUCACACAUAGAACGAGCAGUAUGGCUGGUGGCAUUGUCAUGCUGGAGGGUCAUGUCAGGAUUCUACAGGAAGGGUACCACAAUGAGGAGGAUGUCUUCCCUGAAAUGCACAGUGUUGAGAUUGCCUGCAAUGACAAGCUCAGUCUGAUGAUGCUGUGACACACCACCCCAGACCAUGACAGACCCUCCACCUCCAAAUCGAUCCUGCUCCAGAGUACAGGCCUUGGUGUAACGCUCAUUCCUUAGACGAUAAACGCUAGUCCGACCAUCACCCCUAGUGAGACAAAACCAUGACUCGACAGUGAAGAGCACAUUUUGCCAGUCCUGUCUGGUCCAGCAAAGGUGGGUUUGUGCCCAUAGGUGACGUUGUUGCUGGUGAUGUCUGGUAAGAACCUGCCUUACAACAGGCUUACAAGCCCACAGUUCAGUACUAAUGGAGGGAUUGUGCAUUCCUGGUGUAUGUUGCCAUGUACCUGUCCCACAGGUGUGAUAUUCGGAUGUACUGAUCCUGUGCAGGUGUUGUUACACGUGGUCUGCCACUUCGAGAAUGAUCAGCUAUCCUUCCUGUCUCCCUGUAGCACUUAGGCCUCUCACAGUAUGGACAUUGCUAUUUUACUGUUAGCCCAUAGCAUAAGUAAUUGGCUCUGUGAGGGCACCAUUAAUGCAGACAGAUACAUCCUGAAAUUUUCAGCAGGACAACUUUAAACCACAUACUGAAUAAGCUGAAUAAGCAGGGAGUGUGGGUGCUAGAUUAGUCUGCCUGCAGUCCUGACCAUCUCCAGUUGAGGAUGUGUGGUGAAUUAUGAAGCGCACAAUAUGGCAACGACAACCCUGUACAAUUGUGCAGCUGAUGGAUAAUGGAUGAAUGGGAGAAAAAUCCACUUUAUAAACUUAUAAACUGUGUCUUCAGUGCCUUAAUGUUUAAUAAGUGUUAUCAGAAGAAAUGGUAAUGUUUCACAGUGGUAAACACUCAACUGUUCCAACUUUUGUUGUGUGUUGCAAUCAUCUAAAUUACUGUACAUAAAAAAUUAUUAAAAAAAAUGAAAUUCACAAGGUAAAACAUCAUAUAAUUUUUAGUUGUAUUUCUUUCAA